AUGGUCGCUGAAAAGGUCUUGGCUCCAGAAACCCAUCUGAAGAAAACCGCUGCUCAACAGAAGUCUGCUGAGCAGAUUGCUGCCGAAAGAAAGGCUCACAAGGCUGCUAACCAGGAAAAGAGACAAGUUAUCUUGCAAAGAAACACUCAAUACCAAAAGGAGUACGAAGCUGCUGAAAGAGCUGUCAUUGAUGCUAAGCGUGAAGCCAAGGUCAACGGUACUUUCUACGUUGAAGGUCAACCAAAAUUGGUCUUCGUCGUCAGAAUCAAGGGUAUCAACCACAUGGCUCCAAAGCAAAGAAAGGUUUUGCAAUUGAUGAGAUUGAACCAAAUCAACAACGGUGUUUUCGUUAAGGUUACCAAGGCCACCACCGAACUUUUGAAGUUGAUUGAACCUUACAUUGCUUACGGUUACCCAUCCUACUCUACCAUCAGACAAUUGGUCUACAAGAGAGGUUUCGGUAAGAUCAACAAGCAAAGAAUUGCUUUGUCUGACAACCAAAUUGUCGAAGAACAUUUGGGUAAGUACGGUAUCUUGUCCAUCGAUGACUUGAUCCACGAAAUCUACACUGUCGGUCCUCACUUCAAGCAAGCUAACAACUUCUUGUGGCCAUUCAAGUUGUCCAACCCUAACGGUGGCUGGGGUGUCCCAAGAAAAUUCAAGCACUUCAUCCAAGGUGGUGCUUUGGGUAACCGUGAACAGUUCAUCAACAAAUUGGUUAAGUCCAUGAACUAA